GUAGCAGACUUUGGUGUGGGAUGCGCGCAAGGCCAGACACACACGAACCCGCCUCUAGACGUCACCUCCGCCUAGUGGCGUCACGAGGAAGCAGUCUUUUUGAGUACCGUGCUAGACAACAACACAACUGGCAGCAUUAGACAUAGAAGACUCGUUUGAUUAGCCAUUAGAUAUAUCGUGUUUUAACGUUUUAUAAAUUAUAAACAUGCCCUGAAUUGAAUUACCCUUCUAUGUUCCAUGCUCCAAUUUCCAGACGGCAAUGACAAAGGUGCCAGACGUUGCGUUUGAAAGUGUUAGCACUACUAGCUAGCAAGCUAACACCGGGUGAUUGUUAUGAUGAUGUUACAGUAAUUUUUGAACAGAAUGUCUCGGGUAUCUGUCAGCUACAUACUACUCUGUGGACAGUUUUUAUUGCUGUUAACAGUCCUGUUACUGCAAUGUCUGGAGGGAAUCCACUCUCAGAACUCAUCGGAUACUCCUCCUCCUGGCAAUGGGGUUACAUUAUCACCAACAACAGCUACAUUUGUGGACCAAGCUGAUAACAUCACCAACGCCACAGAAGACCCACCUGAGCCGUAUGAGUACAAUGGGGAAUCACCAGUUGUAUUGUGCAGCUAUUUACCUGAAGAGUUUGUAUUCUGUCAAGAACCUGUAGACCACGCAGGUAACUACACAGCAUAUCAGGAGCUGGGGCACGGAUGCGUCAAGUUCGGCGGACAGGUGUGCAAAGAUGUCAACCACACUCCAGUCUUGUGCACAGCGUUGGAUGACAUUGAAUGUGCUGGACCAAGAGAGUUUCUGAGAGGACACGAGCCGUGUAUCAAGUACACGGGCCACUACUUCAUCACCACGCUGCUCUACUCCUUCUUCCUGGGCUGCUUCGGCGUGGACCGCUUCUGCCUGGGCCACACGGGCACGGCGGUGGGCAAGCUGCUCACCUUGGGCGGCCUGGGCAUCUGGUGGUUCGUCGACCUGAUUCUGCUGAUCACGGGAGGUCUGAUGCCAAGCGAUAGCAGCAACUGGUGCACCUUCUACUGACAUUGGGGAGCGUUGGCCCAGGCCCCGGGCCUAGGGUGGAGGUGGAGGUGGAGGAGGGAGGUUGAGGAGAGAGCAGGAAGUGGCGCGGCAGAAAAAAAACGAAACAGAUGCUGCUUCUAAUGCAAAGAGAGUUUUUUUUGUUUGUUUUUCUCUGCUCGUUGCAUGCAUCAAAGCUGCUUUAGGUUGAGCGGUUCAGUUGCAUCUUGUAGUGACAACUUAACAUGCACACCACGGUUACAUAAAAAGGGACUCGUGUUGGGUGGCAGAGGUCGUCUGUACAGACUGAAAAUGGACAAAAAAUGGAUCAGACACAGUUGAUGCUGGUGUCUUAAACACACUGUAUAUAUCCUUGCUCUUGUGUAAUGUACAUUGUAUGUCUGCCAAGCCUCCUGACAUUGCUGUGUGGACUGUUUUUCUUUUUUUUUCUUCCCCGGUGUUUGCUGCCAAUUUGAUUGUCAAUCCCUCUCCCUGUCGCUUUUAAACCUGUGACACAUUUUCAAUCAGCCUUGGGUUUUGGGUAUUGUCACCCUUCAAUGGCAUUGGAUCUAACUAGAUAAAUUCUCCUCAGGUGUUUGAAUGAAAUUCGCUUGCCAAAUA